GCGCGAGUGGGGAGCUCGCGCGGCGCGCAGGGCUCUCUCCCGUUGCGGUUGCUCGGGAGAUGCGGGAGCGCGGCACCCCGCAGCUCCACCUGGCGCGCUGAGCACCGCGCGGGGAGCCCGGGGGCGGGCGGCGGGGGGCGCGGACUGCGGUAGAAUGCGAGCCGCGCUCCUCCGGCGCUGCGAGACGACGCGCCAGCACUGUCAGGUGCCCGGAGCCCGCCGCCUGUCGCUCCACUAACUUGCCACUUGGUAGUGUCUAGUCUCCGAGGCUCCGUUCGCUGUCGGGUGGUGGGGGGCGGGGGAGUUCGAGGGUCUGCGGUAGCCGAAGGAGGGACCCUGCGAGCGGGAGCCUGCCUGCUGCCGCUGCCUCUCCCCCUCCCUGGCGCUCCCCUCCCCCCACCCCGUCGCCGCCGCUUUCCCUUCUGCCAAUUCGGAGAGCGACGGGUGUCUGUGACAUGAGAUCGCUGCCAAGUGACGGGCCCCGAGUCUGAAGUGCCCGCGAGGAAGUGAGCGCCAGCGCGGGCCGCGGGCGAUGACAGCCAUGAAGCAGGAACAGCAGCCCACCCCGGGGGCCAGGGCGAGCCAGGCGCAGCCGACCGACCAGGAACUGGGAAGUAACAGCCCUCCACAGAGAAACUGGAAGGGAAUUGCUAUUGCCCUGCUGGUGAUUUUAGUUGUAUGCUCACUCAUCACUAUGUCAGUCAUCCUCUUAACCCCAGAUGAGCUGUCUAAUUCAUCAGAAACCAGAUUGUCUUUAGAAGACCUGUUUAGGAAAGAAUUUGUGCUUCAUGAUCCAGAAGCUCGAUGGAUCAAUGAUACAGAUGUGGUGUAUAAAAGCGAGAACGGACAUGUCAUUAAACUGAAUAUAGAAACAAAUGCUACCACAUUAUUAUUGGAAAACACAACUUUUGUAACCUUCAAAGCAUCGAGACAUUCAGUUUCUCCGGAUUUAAAAUAUGUUCUUCUGGCAUAUGAUGUCAAACAGAUUUUUCAUUAUUCAUAUACUGCCUCAUAUGUGAUUUACAAUAUACAUACUAGGGAAGUUUGGGAGUUAAAUCCUCCAGAAGUAGAGGAUUCCGUCUUGCAGUACGCAGCCUGGGGUGUCCAAGGGCAGCAGCUGAUUUAUAUUUUUGAAAAUAACAUCUACUAUCAACCUGAUAUAAAGAGUAGUUCAUUGCGACUGACAUCUUCUGGAAAAGAAGGAAUAAUUUUUAAUGGGAUUGCUGACUGGUUAUAUGAAGAGGAACUUCUGCGUUCUCACAUCGCCCACUGGUGGUCACCAGAUGGAGAAAGGCUUGCCUUCCUGAUGAUAAAUAAUUCAUUGGUACCAACCAUGGUUAUCCCUCGCUUCACUGGGGCGCUGUAUCCCAAAGGAAAGCAGUAUCCUUAUCCUAAGGCAGGUCAAGUGAACCCAACAAUAAAAUUAUAUGUUGUAAACCUGUAUGGACCAACUCAUACUUUGGAACUCAUGCCACCUGACAGCUUUAAAUCAAGAGAAUACUAUAUCACUAUGGUUAAAUGGGUAAGCAAUACCAAGACGGUGGUGAGAUGGUUAAAUCGACCUCAGAACAUCUCCAUUCUCACAGUCUGUGAGACCACUACUGGUGCUUGUAGUAGAAAAUACGAAAUGACAUCUGAUACAUGGCUCUCUAAACAGAAUGAGGAGCCUGUAUUUUCUAGAGAUGGCAGCAAAUUCUUCAUGACAGUUCCUGUUAAGCAAGGAGGCCGUGGAGAAUUUCACCACAUAGCUAUGUUCCUCAUCCAGAGUAAAAGUGAGCAAAUUACCGUGCGGCAUCUGACAUCAGGAAACUGGGAAGUGAUAAAGAUCUUGGCAUACGAUGAAACUAGUCAAAAAAUUUACUUUCUGAGCACAGAGUCUUCUCCCAGAGGGAGGCAGCUGUACAGUGCUUCCACUGAAGGAUUAUUGAAUCGCCAAUGCAUUUCAUGUAAUUUUAUGAAAGAACAAUGUACAUAUUUUGAUGCCAGUUUUAGUCCCAUGAAUCAACAUUUCUUAUUAAUAUGUGAAGGUCCAAGAGUCCCAAUGGUCAGCCUACACAGCACAGACAACCCAGCAAAAUAUUUUAUAUUAGAAAGCAAUUCCAUGCUGAAGGAAGCUAUCCUGAAGAAGAAGAUAGUAAAAUCAGAAAUCAAAAUCCUUCAUAUUGACGACUAUGAACUUCCUUUACAGUUGUCCUUUCCCAAAGAUUUUAUGGACCGAAACCAGUAUGCUCUUCUGUUAAUAAUGGAUGAAGAACCAGGAGGCCAGUUGGUUAAUGACAAAUUCCGUAUUGACUGGGAUUCCGUACUUGUCGACACAGAUAAUGUCAUUGUAGCAAGAUUUGAUGGCAGAGGAAGUGGCUUCCAGGGUCUGAAAAUUUUACAGGAGAUUCAUCGAAGGUUAGGUUCAAUAGAAGUAAAGGAUCAAAUAGCAGCUGUGAAGUUUUUACUAAAACAGCCAUACAUUGACUCCAAAAGAUUAAGCAUUUUUGGAAAGGGGUAUGGGGGCUAUAUUGCAUCAAUGAUCUUAAAGUCAGAUGAAAAACUUUUUAAAUGCGGAUCCGUGGUUGCGCCUAUCACAGACUUGAAGUUGUAUGCCUCAGCUUUCUCUGAAAGAUACCUUGGUAUGCCAUCUAAGGAAGAAAGCACUUACCAGGCAGCCAGUGUGCUACAUAACAUUCAUGGCUUAAAAGAAGAAAAUAUAUUAAUAAUUCAUGGAACUGCUGACACAAAAGUUCAUUUCCAGCAUUCAGCAGAAUUAAUCAAGCACCUAAUAAAAGCUGGAGUGAAUUAUACUAUGCAGGUCUACCCAGAUGAAGGUCAUAACGUGUCUGAGAAGAGCAAGUAUCAUCUCUACAGCACAAUCCUCAGAUUCUUCAGUGAUUGUUUAAAGGAAGAAAUAUAUGUGUUACCACAGGAACCAGAAGAAGAUGAAUAAUGGACCCUAUUUAUACAGAACUGAUGGAAAUAUUGAGGCUCGAUGAAACCUAAGCAAGAGACUGUAAUAUUGUAGAUGCUCCAGAAUUUCAAAGGCAGCUUAUGGAGAUGACACUGGAACAGCACACUCAGACACUGAACUGGCAUUUGAAUACAGAAGUCAAAGUCUACUGUGUUGGCAAGGGUGCAGAACCUGUUUCUUUGUAUAAGGAAGGUUAUAGGGUUGGUUUCCUGGGAGAAAUUAGUUUUGCAUUAAAGUAGGAGUAGUGCAUGUUUUCUUCUGUUCUCUCCUUGUUUGUUCUGUAACUAGUUGCUCUCAUUUUAAUUUCACUGGUCACCAUCUUUGCAUAUAAUGCACAACUUAUUCUCAGACCUACAGUCCCUGAUCUUUUAUGGCUGAACUGCAAUCUAACACUUUACUGUACCUUUACAAUAAGUGCAAUUCUUUCAUUGUCUAUUAUUAUGCUUAAGAAAAUAUUCAGUUAAUAAAAGACAGAGUAUUUUAUGUAAUUUCUGUUUUUAAAAAGGUAUCAUUAAGUGUGUCGAAGGACAUAUAGAAAUAUGGAUUUCAGCACCUUCCAAAGUUCAGCCGGAUAUCAGUAGAUACAAUAUCUUUAAAUGAACACACGAGUGUAUGUCUCACUAUAUAUAUAUACACACACACACACGUGUGCAUAUACAGUCAAUGAAACUAUCUUUACAUGUUAUUCAUGCUACAAAGGGUAAACUUUUGAUGAAUUAGAAGAAAUGCUCUUUUUCCAGACUAUAAUGGAUGCUUUGUUUAAUGAGCCAAAUAUGAUGAAACAUUUUUUCCAAUUCAAAUUCUAGCUAUUGCUUUCCUAUAAAUGUUUGGGUUGUGUUUGGUAUUGUUUUUAGUGGUUAAUAGUUUUCUAGUUGCAAUUUAAUUUUUUGAAUAUGAUACCUUGUCACAUGUAAAUUAGAUACUUAAAUAUUAAAUUAUAGUUUCUGAUAAAGAAAUUUUGUUAACAAUGCAAUGCCACUGAGUGCUAUUUUGCUCUUUUGGUGGAGAAGGCUUUUUUUAAAAACACUUGGUCCUUUUACUUCUAUCUCUCAGUGCAGAAUCAAUUCUCAUUUUCAUUGUAAAAGCAAAGAGCUGUAUUAUUUCAUUUGCCAGUUUCUAUUUAGUAUUCCAUGCCUGCCCAAUUCAUCUGUUACUGUUUAAUUUAAAUCCUUCUGGUGAGAAUUAGAAAUGAAAUAUUUUUUAUUCAUUGGCCAGAAACUUCACAAACAGCAGUGUUUGCUAUUUAAUUUGAAUUGAAGGCACGAAAUGCAUCAAUUCCUGGGCUGUGUUGACUUGCAGUAGUAAGUAACUCAGAGUAUCAAAUAAACUCGGCUGUAUGAAGUCUAUUUAAGUCAUGAGAACAUUAACUUUGGUGACUUAAGUCAAAGUGUACCUUCUCACUUCACUUAAGGAAUCUUCCAGAAGAUAUCUAAAAGUCUGUAUCCAAGCUUUGAAGUCCAGAUAAAUCUAGGCAGUAUACUGUGUUUUUGUGGCUUUAAAAGAAGUCCUUAGGACAAACUGGAUUAUCAUGACAUCAGGACACCAGGAGGAAAUUUUAAAAUGUCAAGGAAUCACUUAGUCACUCUUCUGUUUUGUUGAAGGAUCAGCCCAGAAUUCUGGGUAUUUGGAAACAUGUAAAUUAUUGAUUGUGAUUCCACUUUUCUUCUGGAUACUUUGGAAUUGUGUCUUCACUGCUCCAUUGGAUUCAAUUUAAAAUGGAAAAGUCUUUCUCUUCUGAAGGACCCAUUUUAGGUCUUUUUCAAGAAUAGUAAACACAUUUUUUAACAAAAUAAGUUGUACUUUUAAAAGGAAAGUUUUGCCUAUUUUAUUAAGAUGGAAAUUUUCUUUUUAGGCUGAUUUGAAGUCCAACUGAAGCUUUUUAAUCAAUAUUUUAAAUUUGAACCACUAGAGUUUUUUAUGAUGCAAAUUAUUAUGUUGUCUGAAAGAUGUGGUUUUAUUGAAUGUCUAUUUGAGUAACAUUUAAAAAGUAUUUACCUUUUACUGUUCUUCCUUUCUCCUGUUUUAUUAUUAUUCUCAAUGUUUAUCUAUUUUUCAAUUAAUUUAAUACAAUUUCUAAUGUGAAAGACAUUUGUCUGGAACCCACUUUCACCUUAAAGGCUAAAUAGACCUCAAAUGCAAACAUAUUGUUUAGCAGGAAGGUGGACAAUUUUCACCUCUGUGGUUGUUUUAAUGACUGGGCCAUUUUUGAUAAAGGAAAUGCUCACCAACACGUAGUCACCAUUUAUUUAAAAAAUCAUGUAACUGGAUAUUUCCUUUUAAAUAUUUGCCCCUGGUCAUAAUCUCACCAUUUCACACAUAAUUAUGCAUUUCUAGAAUUUCCUAAGACUCCAACAGCAAGCUCUCCAAGUGUAAUUUUUCCCGUAAUGUUAAGGAAAAAAUUAAGAUAAUACAUUAAAAUUUUAUAAUAAAACAGGUAAGCAAUAUUAAAUCAUCCACAGAGAUAAACACAUAAUUUUUUUUCGAAGUGUUUUGAAAGAGAAAAGUGUUUUUUCAUUUUCAUUGACUCCAUUAAGAAGGUCUUCGACUUAUCAGUUAAAGAGUCAGAAGGCUACGUGGAUCUAUUUGAGUUUCUUGGUAGAGGUGAGAAAAUGGAAUAUUUUAAAACAUGAAUCUUCGCUCACCCUGAAAAUGUGUUUUUUUUAAAACUUAGUUUUUAGCAUAGAAAUCACUACUGAGGGGGCUUGCAGAUGCCAGUUGUAGAUCUACUAGAAUGAGGUGACUUCAACAUUGGGCUUUACUAUAUAGAGCAUUAUUUAAGCCUGCAAUCCUCAAACCCCCUACCAGGCCACACAGCAGGAGGUGAGCAAGAGAACCUUCAUCAGUAUUUACAGCCAUUCCACAUUGCUCACAUCACCACAUAAGCUCACCUCUUGGCAGAUCUGCAGCAACAUUAGAUUCCCAUAGGAGCAUGAACCCUGCUGCACACUACACAUGAAGGGUCUAGGUUCCAUGCUCCUAAUGAGAAGCUAAUGCCUGAUGAUCUGAGGUGGAGCUGAGGCGGUGAUGCUAGCGCUGGGGAGCAGCUGCAAAUACAGAUUAUCACUGGCAUAGAAGUUUGACUGCACAAUUAAUGUAAUGCACUUGAAUCAUCCUGAAACCAUCCCCCCUCCACCCCUGUCCAUAGAAAAUUGCCUUCCCUUAAACUGGUCCCUGGUGCCAAAAAGGUUGAGGACCACUGAUUUAAGCCAUUGUCCUUCAGAUGGUUGGCUCUGUAACAGAAGUACCUGGGACUGAAUUGCUCUCAAGUCUCUAGGGUCAUUGACAGCACAUGAGUUCUGUAAAUAAUCACGUGUGAAAUACUUCUUUUUUCUCUCCUCACACUCUCUGCCCACCAUCACCUCCCGCAGCAACUAGCAGGGCAUCAGCAUCAUCGCACCUCUCAGCUGUGCUCUCUAUCUUUCACUUUCUGUUCUUAGGAUUCUCUAAUGCUAUUGUUAGCUACCUGCUAGAACCAGCAGACCAACACUUACACAGUACAAACCUACCUGAGGGUGUUAAUACCCCGCUGAAAUCCAUAUAAUGGAAGAUAGUAGCAGGUAAGAAUGCUUCCCUCAGAUAUUUUCCACGGUCCUUGGAAGGCUUCAUGGGCCCAGGUUCCUACAGCUGCAUGCCCUUCUAUUUCCCUCUUCCCCACUUCACUCUUGCCAGCCCUCCACUCUUGUUCCUUAGGAUCACUUUCCAAAAUAAACUGCACAUGAGCCAGCUAUUGACUCAUGAAUCUACUCUCUGGGGAAAACUUUUUCCCAGGCAACAGCUUAUCACUGUGAAUAUUAUAGAAAAAGAAAUAAAAUGAGAUUAAAGAAGUGGUUUCUUCUUAGAUUUGAAAAAGCUGUUUCUAUCUAAAAUUUAUUGUAUUCUUACUAAGUGCCCAAGUAUGUGCUAAAUGCUCUGUAUGUGUUGCCCAACUGAAUUUUCUCAACAUGGCCUGAAAUAGGUAUUAUGACUCCGAUUUUACAGAAAUUGAGUCUCAGAGAAGUAUGUAGCUCGACCAAAUUUAUGUAACUAAUAAUAGGUAAAUACGCUAAAAGCCAAUUUCAGCCAACUUAGAAGUCCACAUUCUCAGUCAUGCUGCUCUACACAACUACUGAGAUAAGUAGAGAUUUAACACAUGUUCACCCCAUUCAGGAUUCUGAAUAUUUAAACAUAUAGUUCCAGAAAUUUUUGAGAAUAAUUUGAUAGAAAUAAUACUGAAAGGUAAAAGACAGACCAAUGUACCACUGUGGCAUGUUUGAAGUUACAUGAAUUCCCUAAUGUCAAGAUGACAUAUGUAAUAUUAAAACAUGUUUUCUUUUUCUGUUGGAGA